AUGAAUUUUUCCUAUUAUCUCCUGGCUUGUAGCACUUAUGCUGCAACUGAGAGUACCUCAGCUGCCCCCGGUUGGUGCCGAGAGUUCACAUCUCAUGAAGAGAUGGCACUAUAUGUCAAUAAGAAGAGCAAUUUUUCGACUGUUUUUGCAGCCCGAGCUCAGGGUCUUUCUGUUUCGGAAGUGGUUGCUCAAACCAUUGGAGGAAACGUCAUGUUGACCACCGAAAAGGCACGCAAAAUGGACCCUGGUGAUAAAGUUAAGAGUGAUCUGGCUGCCUUGCUACGUUCAGUAUUCAGUAAGUUGACCGGCAAGGAGCAAGGGUUUCCUCGUGGUCCUGACCCCGAAAGUAAGCUACUUGACACUUACAACAUCAAGAUUAUUCAAUUGCCGGGAUCAAGCCUUCCCAAAGAAGUCUUGAAGCUAGGGUUCAAUGGAAUGAACAGCCGUAGGAGUUUGUGGCUGAGUGAUGUGCAGGCUAACCUCUUCAGGAUGAAAAAGGCAGGGCCGGAAUCACCAGAAGAACCCCACGAUUUGAACACUGAUACUGACGCACAGGUAAUAAUGACACAAGAUAAUAAUAUUGAUGAUUAUACAAUGGAGAGUUUGGAGGAGGAGGAGGAGGAGGAGGAGGAGUGGAAUGGAUUUGGUGAUCUUGAUGAUGAAUGA